AUGACAUCCACCGAUCCGGCCGCGGGGGGAGACUCCAAAAUACCCGUCCUUCUGCUCAAGACGAGAUCGAGUCCUGGUGAUUCAUAUGAAGACCUUUUCUCAGAGUCUAGUGUUGAUGGAACGGGUUUUGCGCCUCAAUUCGUUCCUGUGCUGUUGCAUCAGUUCCAUGGCGAGGGUAUGAAGGAAGUUGCGGCACUGCUUCGUGAGCGUCGCAUUGGCAAUGAGAAACAUCAUGAGUACGGCGGCUUGAUUUUCACGUCGCAGCGAGCAGUCGAGGCUUUCGUAAAGCUUGUCGAAGACGGAAAGAACGAAGAUACCGCUGAUCCCUCAGACACAACAUCAUGGCCUCACCUCCAAAACGUCCCCGUAUACAGCGUUGGUCCUGCCACAACCCGCGCCCUUGCCGCCGUACCCCAGGAUCCUCCUCUACAAGUCUUCGGCAGCCACACGGGCAACGGCGCCGCUCUGGCCCCUUACAUCCUCGCUCACUACUUCGAAUGGUACCGCGACCAAGGCCGUCCUACUCUGCCGCCACUGCUCUUCCUAGUCGGAGAGACCCGCCGCGACAUCAUCCCCAAGACCCUACAGGACGGCGCAUUGCCUGACACAGAGCGCAUUCGAGUUACAGAGACGGUUGUUUACGGAACGGGCGUCAUGGAGAGCUUCCCUGUUGAUCUGCGACGGGUGCUUGGUGAGACGCGCGAUGAUCCUGUCCGCUGGAUUGUGGUGUUCUCACCUACUGGAUGCGACAGCAUGCUUAGGGUUAUGGGAAUUCUUGAUGCUGAGACGAACAAGGUAUACAAGGGAUACAAGCGGGACGGAAAGACUUUUAUUGCGACUAUUGGACCUACGACAAGAGACCAUCUGCUAUCAUUUGGCUUUGAGCCUGAUGUAUGCGCAGAGUCACCGACACCGGAGGGCGUAUUGGACGGAAUCAAGGAAUUUAUGGCCAAGAGGAACCAGAGCUGA